AUGGCCAGUUUGGAAGAAUUGUUGAGUAAACGUAUUGCAACCCUCUCACAAAAUCAUACACAAUUUCUUCUCACAACCUCGAAUGCACCCAAAAUAGCCUACUAUAUGGGUGAAGCACUCGAUGCAAAGGAUGUUACCUGGAAGAAAUUUGUAGAGAAAUUAAAGGCUGAUUUUUCCAUUGCGCAAGUGAGUGGUCAAAUGAUUCGGGAUGGUUGUCUGGUUCGGGAUGGAUUUGAUAUAUUGUUCAUGCCGGGAGGGGAUCCUGCUCAACACGUCAAGUUGAUGGGCGAAGAGGAAGGUAUGAGGAGAGUGAAGGAAUUCUUGUCUCUUCCAUUGAAGGGAUAUGUUGGAUCGUGUGCUGGAGCUUAUUGUGCAAUGGCUAUGGAAACUAUGGAAGGUUAUCCGAAAUUACAGGAAUUUAUGCCAAAAACUUUGGAUAUUUUGGAGGGAUUUAUUAUUAAAGAUAGAGAAGUACACAAUUGGAAGAGAGGAUUUGGAACAUCAUAUGUUAAAUUUACAGAAAUUGGAAAGGAAAUAUUCGGAGAGAAGAGGGAUGAAGCAUCCAUGUUUUACAGAAAUGGUCCAAUAUUACAUGUGACAGAUUCAUCUAAAUGUCAGGUAUUAUGUGAAUAUACUAAUGAGUUUACUGUCGAUCCAGCUGUUCAGAAGGGAUUCAUGAUUGGAAGUGCUGCCUCAGUAUGUGGACGAUUUGAGGGUGAUAAGGGAAGAGUCUUGUUAUUCUCUGCACAUCCAGAAACAUCUGGUGAUGAUAUGAAUCAAUUAUUAAUCAAUUCCUUCAAAUUUGUUAUCACUCCUUGA